AUGGCAUCAUCAACGUUAUCUUCUCUCUCCUCAACCUUUUCACUACCGUUGCAUCACAGUUUAUCCGCAAACUUGAAAACUUGUUCUCAAUUUCCCAACAAAACUUCGGGUUUUAUGGUUUUUGCUCAAAAGAAAACAAAGAAAACUCGAAAGAUAAUACUAAAGGAAGAUAUGGUUAAUAUUGGAAAGAAAGGGCAACUUCUUGAUGUGAGGGCUGGGUUUUUCAGAAAUUUCCUCUUUCCAACUGGCAAGGCUCAACUUGUAACUCCUGAUAUACUCAAGGAAAUGAAGAUAGAAGAAGAAAGAAUUGAGGCUGAGAAACAACGGGUAAAAGAAGACGCACAGCAACUUGCUAUAAUUUUUGAAUCUGUUGGGACUUUCAAGGUGAAGCGUAAAGGUGGUAAAGGAAAACAGAUCUUCGGAAGUGUUACGGCUCAAGAUCUUGUGGACAUAAUAAAGGCACAACUUCAAAGGGAGGUGGACAAGAGAAUUGUUGAUCUUCCGGAGAUCAGAGAAACAGGAGAAUAUAUUGCAGAGUUAAAACUUCACCCAGAUGUUACAGCUAAAGUGAAGGUGAAUGUUAUAGCUAACUAA